AUGGCUGCUGGCAAACGAAAAGCUCAUAAUAAUGUCACUGAAUAUGCAUGGGAUUCAAGGGAUGAAUAUUUUGAUGUUAAAGCGGUUAAACUAGAUGAUCAAUAUCUAGCUGAGCAAAAGAAAGCGCUAGUCUCCAAUCUCUUUCAUGGUGUCUCCAUCCAUAUUAAUGGUUACACAAAUCCAUCUGCCGAGGUAUUGAAGCAGUUAAUCAUGAUUCAUGGUGGUAAUUUUCAACAAUACUACUCCAAGUCUCGUGUAACCCAUAUUAUAGCAAGUAACUUACCGGAUGUUAAAAUAAAAGACUUAAAGAAGGAGAUUGUGGUAAAGCCUAGCUGGAUUGUAGAUAGUAUUCAAAAUGGAAAAAUAUUGCCCAUAUACAAUUACUUACUGGUGGAUGGGCGUAGUGCAUCACAAACGAAAAUACAAUUUACUGAGGCUAACUCAAGUGGUAAAAACAAAAAUAAUAAUACAAAUUGUAACUCCAGCUGUAGCAACAAUUCUACUACUGUUAAGAGCCAAAAUAUUAAAACCGAUUCACCAAAAGCUAAAGAAAAAUUUCCUCCUGGUAUCGCUAAUACCGCUGAUCCAGAAUUUGUGUCGCAAUUUUAUAGUCGAUCACGAUUGCACUAUCUAGCAACAUGGAAAUCGGAAUGGAAAAAUUAUGCCAGUACUCUAGAUAGAAAUAUUGAUUUGGAUAAUCGUCGAGACGAGAUACGUCAGCGUAUCAUUGAUCUCAAAAGUAGUCGUAGCUCUACGAUCAAGCAUGAAAAUCAUGAAGUAACAGUUAAAGAAGAACCUUUACAAUCAUCAGCUGACCAGGCUAUAAUUGAAUCGCCAAAUUCACAAAAUACUGGCAGAAAAAAUUUAUUCAACCGUGUUGUUAUGCAUCUCGACAUGGAUUCAUUUUUUGUAUCCGUAGCUAUUCGUGAUCGAGCCGAUCUACGUGGAUUACCGGUAGCUGUAACACAUUCUAAAGGCAAGAUUAAGCCAGCAAAUCUGCAAAAUGCUGAUAAACUACAAGAAAAAGCUGAAUUCAUCCAAGAAAUGGCUCACUGGGAAGAUUAUCAUUCUAAGGAUAAAGUUAAAGCAGAAAAGGCUAGCCAUGACAGCCCUUCUAAGUCAAAUAAAAUAAAUAAUAAUUUUAUCAGUGCUAAUGAUAAAGAAAGCGUUGAGCAAUUUUCUACGUCAGAGAUUGCCUCUUGUAACUACGUUGCCAGACGAUAUGGCCUUCAUAAUGGCAUGUUUAUGGGUAGAGCAUUACAACUUUGUCCUCAUUUAAGAGUUGUGCCUUAUGAAUUUGAUAAAUAUAAAGAAGUCUCUAAAUUACUCUACAAUACAUUAGCCAGUUACACUUUUGAAAUUAUGGCAAUCAGCUGCGAUGAAGCAUACAUCGAUGUAACUGACAUCUUACAAGACGAUUACACUAUACAGGAUUUAGCAUCAAGUAUUCGACACGACAUUGAAAGUAAAACUGGUUGUACCUGUUCUGCUGGAAUCGGUCCAAACCUUUUAAUUGCCAGAAUGGCAACAAGAAUUGCCAAACCUAAUGGACAACAUUAUGUUGAUCCAGCUAAUGUGUUAACUUUUGUCGCCAAUCAAUCACUCAAGGAUUUACCUGGCGUAGGAUACCGAUUACAUCGGAAAUUAAAAGAUCUCAAUGUGGAAACUUGUCAAGAUCUUCGUAAAAUUUCGUUACCUGUAUUACAGAGAGACUUUGGUACUAAGACUGGGCUUAUGUUAUACCAAUACUGUCGUGGUAUUGACGAACGUCCAGUCCAAGUUGAUCAUGAAAGAAAAUCCGUAUCGGCAGAAAUAAAUUAUGGAAUUCGAUUUGCUGAGAUGAAGCAUCGUAGCCCAGAUGCCUCAAUUAAACCUUGGAAAUAUUUAGGUCAUGGAAAAUGCGAUAACUACGCAAAAUCGACUACCUUAACACGACCAACUUGCGACAGCGAUAUCAUUAGCAAAGAAUGCAUGAAAUUAUUUUAUUCCUUUGCAAGUAUUAAUGUGCAAGAUGUCCGUGGUAUGGGUAUUCAAAUACAACGAUUGUCACCCAUAGAUGAAGAUGUUAAAGGUUCGCAAGGUUUACUGAACUUUAUAAAGUCUGUACCUCAAGUAGAAGAAAAUGUAAAGGCACAUGAACAAAUCGAACCAUCAGACCAAAUUGAAGUUAUCCAUGAUCAAUCUAUACCGACAACUAGCAUAGCAAAGCAGGAAGAAAUCACUGAUUCCAAUCGUCACAUAGAAGCGCAAAAUGAUGAAUCAUUCGAUCUACCUUCUCCUUCACAGCUUGACCAUUCUGUUUUAGAUGCUUUACCAAAGGAAAUGCGAUUAAAAAUUGAACAGAAAUACGCUAAAAUGUCGUCAGAAGCACAAAUUAAAGUUGAACCUUCUACCUCUGCUACCAUUGAUGCUAACUCUUCCAUUGAUCCUAUCAACCUUGGUGCUAUUGCAGACGUUUAUCGUCAUAUAAAUUAUAAUGAAGAAAUACCACGUAAAAAUGUUAAACAACGAAAAAAGCCAAAAAGAAAUAUUAAAAACAAAUUUCGUCGUAAUAAAUCAGAUCAAUCUAUUCCUAAAGAAAAUAAAGAGGACAAACUCGAUCGUGAUAUUAUUGUACUCGAUUCGACCGAAAGGAAACCGAAAAUAUUGCCAGAUCAAACGAACGUCAUCGAACCUGAAUUUUGCGGUGCCACUGAAAUAAAUGAAGUGAAAAAAAUUAUGGCUGAAUGGGUAGACGCAUGUCUUGAUGUUGGGCCAACUGAAACUGAUAUCGAAUAUUUGAUGUCCUACGUUGAACGUUGUAUUUCAUCUAAAAACCUUGAAAAUGUUUGGCUUCUAUGCAAAUUAUUGAAAAGGAAAACUGUAGCUCAUGCUGCGUGGUAUCAGAUUUUUACAUCGAUCCUUGAUCGAAUCCAAGACAUCGUAUCAUCACAGUAUGAUGGCAGCAGAUUAGAUUAUUUGUUUAAGCGUAGAUUUGUAUUAGGUUGGAGUAGAGGUGAAAAUCGUUUUGCUAAAGAAAUGAUAUACUCAAAAAAAUUAACAUAA